UUUAAAGCAAACAAUUCACUUGGUUUUACCAGAAUAUAUAAGAUACUUAACUGUUUCUUGGCUCUCAACCAUUAAAUUUUAGAGAAAAAAAGAACCAAGAAAAAAAAAGAAGAAAAAAUGGAGAAGACAAUGCAUUAUUUCAUAAUAUUGUUCAUCAUCUUUACUCUAGCAGUUGUUGUUCAUGCACAAAAUCAAACAGGGUUCAUCAGCUUAGAUUGUGGAUUACCAGCAGGUUCAAGCUACAUUGAUUCCAUCACUGGCAUAAACUACACUUCAGAUGAACCAUACAUUCAAACAGGAACAACCCAUAGUUUAUCUCGAUUCAAUUCAAGCAUUCAACAACAGUUUCUUGAGAAUCUUAGAAGUUUCCCACAAGGUGUUCGACAUUGCUACCAGCUGAACCUCACAAAAGGAGAAAAAUAUUUGAUCAGAGCAAGUUUCAUGUAUGGUAACUAUGAUGAAAACGAUGAAAACCCAGAAUUUGAUUUGUAUUUAGGACCUAAUUUGUGGGCUUCAAUGGUGUUUGAGAAUUCAACAAGUGUUGUUGUUAAGGAAAUCAUUUAUGUUGUUAAAGCAAGGUAUCUUCAUGUUUGUGUUGUUAAUACUGGGAAAGGGAUACCUUUUAUAUCAGCUUUAGAGUCAAGGCUUUUGAGUAAUUUAACUUAUGACACUGAUUCCGAAACACAAGCUUUGGAGUUUUUCUUAAGGAUCGAUUUUGGUUCAUCAUUAAAUUCGAGUUUCCGGUUUCCUGAAGAUAUUUAUGAUCGUAUAUGGCAACCGUAUAGAAGAAAUGAUUUGACAACAAUAAAUAGCUCUUCCUCCUUGAUAAGUAAUAGCAUUUUUGAUCCACCAUUGGUGGCCAUGAUGACUGCUAGCAUACCGAUGAACGGUAGCCAAACUUUGAAUUUUACAGUUCGGGAUUCCGAUCCUGAUGUUGAAUUUUACUUCUACAUGCACGUUGUGGAACUUGAAGAGCUACAAGCUAACCAGACCAGAGAGUUCAACAUCUAUCUUAAUGAUAAUUUCUGGUAUGGACCUUUUAGUCCCAUGUAUUUGCAUGAAGAAACGAUCCUAAGCUUUCUAUCCUUUAAAGGAGGCCAGUUUUCGAUGGAAAGUACCAGAAGUUCGACUCAUCCGCCCAUCAUAAAUGCCUUUGAGGCUUAUAAGGCGAAGGAACUUGUUGAAUCACAAACAGUUGAAAGAGAGGUUAAUGCGAUGAUGAAUAUAAAAUCGAUGUAUAGAUUGAAGAAAAACUGGGAAGGUGAUCCUUGUGCUCCAAGAACAUAUUCAUGGGAAGGCCUUGAUUGCAGCUACGACGAUUUGGAUCCGCCCAGGAUCAUAUCUUUGAAUCUGUCCUCCACUGGUUUAAGUGGAGAGAUAUCGCCGUACAUCGGGAAUCUCACUCAAUUACAGUAUCUGGACCUAUCGAACAAUAACUUGACAGGAGUAGUACCUGAGUUUCUAACUCAACUGCAAUUUUUGACUCUGAUAAACUUGCAAGGAAAUGCAUUGAAUGGUUCGGUUCCUGCGGGACUAAUCGAUAGGAUAAACAGACGUUUUCUGGAAUUGAAUGUUGAAGGAAAUCAAAUUCCGUGCACAUGGGAACCAUGUACCACGGGGACGAAAACGUCGGAGAACAGUGUAGUGGUUACAGUAGUAGCAUCAGUUGCAUCGGUGUUGUCUGUCGUCAUAAUUGUUUCAGCUCUCUUAUGGUGGUUCAAACGGAUAAAAACAUCAGGGAAACUGGUUGUAAUGCCUCGAAAACUAUUCCAAGAGUUAAAGAAUCGACAAUUUACAUACUCCGAUAUCCAAAGGAUCACAAACAACUUCGAGAAAGUUAUUGGAAAAGGAGGAUUCGGAACAGUUUACCUUGGUUUCUUGGAUGACAAUCAAGUAGCAGUUAAGAUGUUAUCGAAAACAUCUUUCCAAGGGUAUAAGCAAUUUGAAGCUGAGGUGGAGCUUCUUUUGAGAGUUCAUCAUAGAAAUUUGACCGCCCUUAUUGGAUAUUGUGAUGAUGGCACCGAAACAGGGCUAAUUUAUGAGUUCAUGGCCAAAGGAAACUUAGCAGAGUAUCUCUCAGAUAGUAGUAUCAGUGUCUUGAACUGGGAAGGAAGACUCGGAAUAGCACUGGAGGCAGCACAAGGGUUGGAGUAUUUACACCAUGGUUGCAAACCACCUAUAAUCCAUAGAGAUGUGAAGUCUAGCAACAUCUUAUUAUCUGAUAACUUGCAAGCUAAGCUAUCUGAUUUUGGGUUAUCGAAAAGCUUUGAAGGUGGCUCUCAUGUCUCCACUGUCGUUGCUGGUACCCCUGGAUACCUUGAUCCCGAGUAUUCUACUACAAACAGGUUGACUGAGAAAAGUGACGUUUAUAGCUUCGGGGUAGUUCUUCUUGAAAUCAUUACGAACAGGCCGGUAAUAGCAAGAACCAUAGACGAGCCUACUCACAUAAGUCAUUGGGUCGGUUCGAUGUUGUCGAAUGGAGACAUUGAAAACAUCGUGGAUUGGAGAUUGAAAGGAGAUUUUGAGAUAAAUUCUGUAUGGAGAGCAAUCGAAGUGGCAAUGGCUUGUUUAUCUCCGGCUUCCACAAAAAGGCCAACUAUGAACCACGUCGUGACCGAAUUAAGCGAGUGUUUGGUAGCCGAGAUAAACCGAACAAGGGGAGUCGAUGAAGAUGAAUCAAGAGACAUGAUGACCAUGGCAUCAUUGAAUUGUGAUUCUGACAUAAUUCCUUUAUCAAGGUGAUCAAAUCUUUAAAUUUGAUGCCUUUCUUUUUUCAUGCUUCAUCCACACCAAAACUAUCAUAGAAUGUGUAUACUUAUGUAUGUAUGUAUGUGUAUUCACUUUUUACUAAGAGUGUCCAAAUUGUAGCUUUAUUUGUUUUCAGAUAUUGAACUAUAUGUAAGAUGUUGAAUUAGAUUGAUAAUUGUGAAAUAA